UUGCCAGGAGCAGGGGUGGGAUGGCCAAGGAGUGGGAUCCAACCCCAUCAGACAUUCCACAGGGGCCUGAAGGAUUGUCCAGGAGGGACAGGGCAGGAGAUGUUUGUGGUUCCAGCCCUGUUAUCCUGUCAGACAUUCCCACAAGGUGCCUGAAGGACUGUCCAGCUGGGCCAGGGCAGGAACAGAUUGUGAUUCCAGCCCUGACUGUCCAGGUGAGACAGGGCAGGAGGUGUUUGUGGUUCCAGCCCUGUUAUCCUGUCAGACAUUCCCAAAGGAUGCCUGAAGGAAUGUCCAGCUGGGCCAGGGUGGCAGAUGUUUAUGGUUCCAGCUCUGUUAUCCCCAUCAGACAUUCCCACAAGGUGUCUGAAGGAAUGUCCAGCUGGGCCAGGGCAGGAACAGUUUGUGGUUCCUGCCCUGACUGUCCAGCUGGGCCAGGGCAGGAGCUGUUGGUGAGGUUUUCCUGCCCUGACUGUCCAGCUGGGCCAGGGCAGGAGCUGUUGGUGAGGUUUUCCUGCCCUGACAGUCCAGCUGGGCCAGGGCAGGAGCUGUUGGUGAGGUUUUCCUGCCCACUGGAGCUCAGUGACCUUUGCCAGGUGCUCUGGGAAUGUGGAGCACCCCCUGUCAUUGUGUCCCUGGGGCUCCUGGGCUGCCCUGAGGGUGAAGUGCAGCCCAAGAAGAUGCCAGCUGCAGAUGAGGAGGCUCUUCCUUCCCUGUGUGUGACUGACUUGCUCUGGUCCCUGUCUGUAGCUCCCAGCCUGGUUUCUCUGCAGCUCCUCACCCACCUGAGCAGCUUUUGCACUAACUCACAGUCAACUUCUGUUCUCCAGUGGUUUGGGAUUUACCUGAUUUAUGGAUAAGCUCCUUUUGGGUUUAACCUCACACCUUGCUAUGCAAGAACCUCUUCUGUUAUUUUUCUUAAAAAAGAUGUUGCUACUGACCACCCUUUCUUACACUUCCAGCUCAGGUGUUCAGGUUCUUCUGGGGGGAUUUUCUCUACUAAAAACCCGUGUGUUUUUGUACAUACAAAUGUUGUCAUUUAACCAAUCUGUGAAAAUUACUAAUUGUUCAGUGUGAAAACAAUAAUCCAUUUAUGCUUCUGAAAGUCAAAGAAGAGUAGUUGCAUUUAGGUUAUGUUGUCCUUUGAAGUUUUAAAAAAAUGCUGCAUAUUGUAAGCAUUGUGUUUUAAUGGGACAAGGAAAAAUCUCACCUUUACCAGCACUGGGGCAUAUCCUGCAUCUCAUCCCAACUUCUCAGCAUUUCUGUACUAUUUAUUCAUACCUAACUCCAUAUUGACAUGGUUGAAACCUUUCCUACCUGUAGGCAAUGGAUUGCUGUUUUUAACAAAUUGUGGCAAAAUGAAGAGUACUUUUUUGUACCUUAUAGGACACAUCAUCCUAGACAAAUAAAGUAAUGUGUUUGACAUGGA